UCAAGGCACCAUUUAAAAUUAUGGAAAGUCUCGUGGCACCCUUUAAAAUUAUGGACAGUCUUGAGGCACCCCAUUCUAAAAUAUAGCAAACUGUACCAUAGAGCAGUGUUUCUCAACCUUUUUUCAGUUAAGGCACUCUUUAAAAUUAUGGACAGUCCCGAGGCACCCUUUAAAAUUAUGGACAGUCUUGAGGCACUCCAUUUUAGAAUGGGGUGCCUGAAGACUGUCCAUAAUUUCUAAAGUGCACCCAUUGUAAAAGGAGAAAAACUGUU